AUGCAGUGCAGCGGCCUCUUCCCCCUCGUGCUUCUUGCCCUGGGCAGCCUGGUACCUUGGACUGUGGAAGGCGCUGGAAAUUCGUUGAAGGCUGGAACCUGCCCGGCUCUAAAACCUGGCCGAUGCUUGGAGGCAUUUGGGACCCCUGAGUGCCAGAGUGACUGGCAGUGUCCAGGGAGGCAGAUAUGUUGCUCUGAUGUUUGCGGAAUCAGAUGUGUGAACCCCGUCAGCAUCCCCAACCCAAUGGGGCUGAAGCCUGGCAGGUGUCCUCUGGUCAACGGCCAGUGUCUGAUCCUCAAUCCCCGCAACCACUGUGAGACAGACCGUCAGUGUGUGGGUGACUUCAAGUGCUGUAGGGGCCUGUGCGGGACGUCCUGCGUGGAACCUGAAUAAGCCCGAUUCCUGUCAUUUGGAAGAGGCUCUGGAUUCCUAUCUGGGGCCUGGGACUUGGAUCACUGGGACACCUCAUGGUGAAGGCUUGGUUCUACCACCAACAUCUCUUUGGGGGAAAGGC